GCGGCUGGGCUGGGCUACCUGGUCGCCGGCGAGGCGACGGCGGGGGGCAGUGAGGACUGCGGCGGAGGUGGCCGCGGGCAGUCCCCGUCCUUGGAGCCAGGGGCGGGCGGUGGACGCCGGCGGGCGAACCUCUGGCUUUUCCUGGUGAGGACUCGGGCUGCGUCUGGCGGAGCGGUGGGCCGGCUGGUGGCUGUGCGGGCGACGGGUCCUGGGGGCAUGUUCCUGCAGGGAGUUUGCUUCAGCAAACCUUUUGAUGCCUGACCUUCCUAUCCGGAUUAUACUCAAAGUCUUGUUUAGAAAAUGGGUCCCACGGGUCGCCUUGUGACCAUCAAAAGGAGUGGGGUGGACGGCCCCCACUUCCCACUGAGCCUCAGCACCUGCUUGUUUGGAAGGGGUAUUGAAUGUGACAUUCGAAUCCAGCUCCCUGUGGUGUCAAAGCAGCACUGCAAAAUUGAAGUCAGUGGGCAGGAGGCGAUACUGUUUAAUUUCAGUUCCACCAAUCCGACCCAAGUGAACGGGUCUGUCAUUGCGGAGCCCGUACACCUUAAGCACGGCGAUGUGAUCACUAUUGUCGAUCGAUCUUUCAGGUAUGAAAAUGAAAGUCAGCAGAAUGGAAGCGAGUCAACGGAAUGCCCGGGACAAAAACGCAAACAGGAUUCUCUGCAUCGGGUCUCAAGGUCUAGCUUCUCUUCUGACCCCGAUGGGAAAGUUCAAGAUUCCAAUGCCCGUUCAAAACUCUGUGAAGAAAAUGUUUCCGGAAGCCCACUGAUACACGUGAAGAAUGGCAAAACAGCGUCUUCAGAUGGUCCCAAAGAUCACACUGCUAGAAAAUCCCUUAAUGCUGUCCAUUCCUCAGAACUUCCUGGAGAGAACUUCAGAAAUGCAAUGGAUCCUACAGCCGGGGAUUUUAAGGAAGAUUCCAGCAUUGUCUUAGUGAGCUGUCAUGGAGAACUGAAGACUUUCCCCUCUGAGAAUAGUGAAAACCAGGAGUCUCCAUUUAGGGAGCUUUACGAGUCAAUGAAGGAAGAGUUUGACAUGAAAUCAGGAAAAGGAAAUGUUACACAGAGUGGGAAAAAGUCGGGGUCGCGGAGUCAUCGUGCAUCAGAGAACGAAUGUUCCGGUGAGCUACAAGAUGGGACACAAGUCCUGGUCUCACUUAAAUCCAGACCCAGGUCGGGUCGAUUCACCCCAGUGAAGGCAGACCCUGCUUUGGGAGAACAAGGAAUUAGCCAGACAGAGGACAGGAGAAAGGAUGAGGAGGCCCUUCAGACUCCCAAGGAGACCACGGGUCCCAGCAUCCCUCCUAAGGAGAUGACAAGAACCAAGACCCUGGUCCAUCAUUCUCCUCACGAUUCCUCACGAAAACGUCGGAGUGAAGACCUGCGUGUUCCCAGCGGAAGUGAACCCGUGAAUCUGGCUCAAAGUGAAAGCUUCGGGACAGAUAACAAGACAUUCACUCCUCGGAAGUUCUUAACCAGCAAUCCAACACCCACUAAAGUUGAAAAUGCUGUUAAUUUUGGAGCAACACCAGAAAAACUCUUCUCCAAGAAGAGGGCGAGUGUUCCCUCCAGUGUGGACGCUCUUGCCACAGAACCGGAAACUCAGACUCACACUGUUUUAGCUCCACUGCCCGUUCAAGUUGAACGGAAGAUUCAGAGCAUUUCCGUGCACCGGCCUGAGAAAGUGGGCGCCACCGCCGGGCCUUCGAGCUCUGGGUUCCCGGGCCGUAGUUCAGUUGAUAGCAGCAGCUCUGGUGACUCCAUUAAUAAGAUUGAGGGAACGCCCCUGAAAAGAAGGCGGGUCUCCUUCGGUGGUCGUCUGAAGCCGGAGUUAUUUGAUGAGAACUUGCCUCCUAAUACACCUCUCAAGAGAGGAGAGACCCCGAGAAGGUCUCUCGUCAGCCACACUUCAGCUGUCCUGAAGAAAAUCAUCAAGGAAUACCCUCAACCAUCAAGAAAAGAAGAUUCUUCAGAAAUCCGUUUGGAAGUUUGUGCACAAGACCAGCGUAAGGGAUCUCCAGCUCGGAAUCUGACGAGAACUUCUCCAGUGGCAAAUGAGGCCCGCCGUAGGUCGAGCAAGGUGCCCUCGGUCUCCAGUGGCAGCGCAUCUCCUCAUCCCACAGACACUCCCAAGAGGGGAGGCAGGAAGAGUGGCACCUUGCCUUCGAAGAGAGCUUCCAUCGAUCGGAGCCAACACGAGAUCUUGCAGAGGAUCUAUUCCAGAAGAAGGAGCGGCGCUUCUGAAGCCAAUUUAAUCGUGGCAAAAUCGUGGGCAGACGUCGUAAAACUCGGAGCCAAACAAACACAAGCUAAAGUGGUUAAACAUGGCCCCCAGAGGCAACUCAGCAAAAGGCACAAGAGAACGACCACUCCAAAGAAGCCUGUUAGUGAUAUUCACAGUCAAUUCAGCACAGGCCAUGCCAACUCUCCUUGUACCAUAAUAAUAGGGAAAGCUCACAUCGAGAAGGUACACGUGCCCGCUCGGCCCUACAGAAUGCUCAACAACCUUGUGUUCAACAAGAAAAUAGACUUUAAUGAAGAUCUUUCAGGGUUAACUGAAAUGUUCAAGACUCCAGCCAAAGAGAAGCCACAAACAAUGAGCUUAUGUCCCAAGGCUUUUUCAAAUUCAGAGGACUUCAUCGGAAAGGAGUUUGAAGUACCCAAUUCGGGAGAAAAACCUCCGCUGUGCACUUCAGUAAAUUUUGGAGAAAAUGUAUUCCGCGUGACUCAGAGUAAACCGCAAGAGCCAUCCGAUCACAGUCCUGCCAGCCCUGCCCUCAGAAGACCGGCUAUUAGAGUAAACGCAAACAUCGAGAAGACUCCAGGGUCGGAGGCAGAGCCUCUGAAGGUGACGUCAAGUGCAAACAGGUUUCGAAGGUCUACGGAGCUCAGAAACACACAGAUGCCAGGUUCAGGGCACAGCGACAAAGAAGCAAACACAGACACUGCCGAGAACAUGUCAGGGCAAUGUCUGAGGAAAACUCCACAGCGAGGACAGAAACCAGAGGGAGCGACUGAGGAACGAGAGAGCUGUUUUGACACAUGUGAGAAAGCUAUCAAAUCAGAAGGUAGUUCUGAAAAGAUGGUGGCUAUGAGGAGAUCGAGAAGAUAUUCAGAGCAAAGAUGGGAUCCAAUAGCCAACCUGACCACCCUCAAGAGACAGCAGGACACAGAACCCAAGGAAGACCUGGGGGGCAUCCAAAAUCUCCCCCAAACCCCCACUCACGCCCAGGAACCAAUGGACGUGGAAAACAAAACCACAGAAAAGUGCAAGAAAUCUUCAAAACUAGAACUAGUUGGCGUGCAAGCCAGGAUGAACAUAGAGCUGAAGACCCCUCCACAGAAAGUGGACCUAGAGGAAGAGCCCUCAACUCUCAGGAAGUCCAUGCAAAUGACAGGGGAAAACGUCCCUGUGCCUGGAGAACCAGAAGAUGGUGAUGAAGACAUCAAAUUGCUUAAUAGAACUCCAAAGCAGAAAGUGCACUCUGCAGAAAAUGUCACUGGAAGCAAGAGACGGUCAAGAGCUCCCAAGAGAAAUGCCCCGUCCGUAGAAGACCUGGCUGGCCUCAGGGAGCUCUUCCAAACUCCAAACCACACAGAAAGACCAAGGCCUGACAGCAAAACCACCACAGUCCCCGGCAAAUCUCCACUAGCAGAUCCAGUCAGCACGCCAACAAGUAGAACGAGGCAGCUCGAGACCCCUCCCCAGAAAGUGGACCUAGAGAAGGAGCCCUCAGCUCUCAGGAAACCCACCCGAACACCAAGGAAAGCCAUGCCGUCACACAGAGAACCAGGAGGUGCUGACGAAGACAUCCGCUUGUUCAAGGAAACUCUGAAGCAGAAAAUGACCCCUGCAGAAAAUGUCACUGGAAGCAAGAGGCGGUCAAGAACACCCAAGAAAAUGGUCCAUUCCUUAGAAGACCUGGCGGGCCUCAAAGAGCUCUUCCAAACCCCAGAGCACACCCAGGACCCAGUGACUGAUGACAGAACCACCACACUCCCCUGCAAAUUGCCACUAGCAGAUCGAGUCAACACACCAACAAGUAGAAGAAGGCAGCUCAAGACCCCUCCCCAGAAAGUGGACAUAGAGGAAGAGCCCUCAGCUCUCAGGAAGUCCACCCAAAUGUCAGGGGAAAGUGUGCCCUUAUACAAAGAACCAGGAGAUGGUGAUGAAGACGUCAGAUUGUUUAAGAGAAGUCCGAAGCAGAAAGUGCACUCCUCAGAAAAUGUAACUGGGAGCAAGAGGCGGUCAAGAACACCCAAGAAAAUGGUCCAGUCCUUAGAAGACCUGGCUGGCCUCAGAGAGCUCUUCCAAACACCAAACCACACAGAUAAACCAAUGACUAAUGACAAAACCACCAAAGUCCCCGGCAAAUCUCCACUAGCAGAUCCAGUCAACACACCAACAAGUAAAAGGAGGCAGCUCAAGACCCCUCCCCUAAAAGGAGACCUAGAGAAAGAUCUCAGGAAGCCCACCCAAACACGUGGGGAAAGCACACACUCACACGGAGAACCAGGAAGUGGUGAUGAAGACAUCAAAUUGUUCAAGGAAACCCCAAAGCAGAAGAUGACCCCUGCAGAAAACGUAACUGGCAGCAAGAGGCGGUCGAGAACACCCAAGAGAAAUGCCCCGUCAUUAGAAGACCUGGCUGGUCUCAGGGAGCUCUUCCAAACUCCAGAGCAUACAGAUAGACCAAUGGCUGAUGACAAAACCACCACAGUCCCUGGCAAAUCUCCACUACCAGAACCAGUCAGCACACCAACAAGUAGGAGGCGUCAGUUCGAGACCCCUCCCCAGAAAGUGGACCUAGAAAAGGAGCCCUCAGCUCUCAGGAUGCCCACCCGAGCGCCAGGGGAAAGCAUUCCUUCACAUGGAGAACCAGGAGGUGGUGAUGAAGACAUCAAAUUGUUUAACAGAACCCCGAAGCAGGAAGUGCACUCUGCAGAAAGUGUCACUGGAAGCAAGAGGCGGUCACGAACCUCCAAGAGAGAUGCCCCGUCCGUAGAAGACCUGGCUGGCCUCAGGGAGCUCUUCCAAACUCCAGAGCACACCCAGGACCCGGUGACUGACGACAAAACCACCACAGUCCCCUGCAAAUCUCCACUAGCUGAUCCAGUCCACAAGCCAACAAGUAGGAGGCAGCUCAAAACCCCCCACCAGAAAGUGGACCUAGAGGAAGAGCCCUCAGCUCUCAGGAAGUCCACGCAAACGCCAGGGGAAAACAUCCUUGUGCCCGGAGAACCAGAAGAUGGUGAUGAAGACAUCAAAUUGUUUAACAGAACCCCGAAGCAGGAAGUGCACUCUGCAGAAAAUGUCACUGGAAGCAAGAGGCGGUCACGAACCUCCAAGAGAGAUGCCCCGUCCUUAGAAGACCUGGAUGGCCUCAGGGAGCUCUUCCAAACUCCAAACCACACAGAAAAACUAAUGGUUGAUGACAAAACCACCACAGUCCCCGGCAAAUCUCCAUUAGCAGAUCCAGUCAGCACACCAAUGAGCAAAAGGAGGCGGCUCAGGACCCUUCCCCAGAAAGUGGACCUAGAAGAAGAGCCCUCAGCUCUCAGGAAGUCCACCCGAACUCUAGGGGAAAGUGUGCCCUCACACAGAGAACCAGGAGGUGGUGAUGAAGACAUCAGGUUGUCUAAGGAAACUCCAAGGAAGAAGCUAGACCGCGUAGAAAACGUAAGCAGAAGCAAGAAGGGGAUAAGAACGGGUAAGGAAAAGGCCCAAUUCCUAGAAGACCUGGUCGGUUUUAAAGAGCUCUUCCAAACCCCAGAGCACACCCGGGAACCAACAGCUCUUGUCAAAAGCACAGUAACGCCGGGCAGAUCUCCUCUGGCAGAAACAGUCAACACAGCACCCCAGAGGAAGACGUGUCGGAAGAUGCCUCGGGGGACGGCGGACUCCGAAAGCGAGCUCGCACCUCUCGGGGAGCCCGUCCAAACGCCAGCGGAAGCCACACACGCACACGGAGAGCCGGGAGGCGGUGAAGAAGUCAUCCACUUCUUCAAGGAAACCCCAAAGCAGAAGAUGAACCCUGCCGAAAAUGUCACUGGAAGCAAGAGGCAGUCAAGAACACCCAAGAGAAAUUCCCCAUCCUUAGAAGACCUGACUGGCCUCAGGGAGCUCUUCCAAAGCCCAGAGCGCCCCCAGCACCCAGUGACUGAUGACAAAACCACAGUCCCCUGCGAGUCGCCACUAGCAGACCCAGUCCACAAGCCAAUGAGUAGAAGGAGGCGACUCAAGACCUCUCCCCAGAAAGUGGACAUAAAGCAAGAGCCGUCAUCUCCCAGGAAGUCCACCCGAACGCGGGGGGCAAAGGCACACUCGGGCAGAGAAGCGGGAGGCCCUGAGGAAGACAUCGAACUGUUGGGUAAGACUGUGAAGCAGGAAGCGCGUUCUGCGGAGAAUGGAGCCGGAAGCAAGAGGGGGUCAAGAACAUGCAAGAGAAAUGCCCCGUCCUUAGACCUGGCCGGCCUCAGGGAGCUCUCCCAAACCCCAGAGCACACCCAGGACCCAGUGACUGACGACACCACCACCACAGUCCCCGGCAAAUCGCCACUAGCAGAUCCAGUCCACAGGCCAACAAGUAGAAGGAGGCAAGUCAAGACCCUUCCCCAGCAGGCAGACGUGGGGCGAGAGCCGUCAGCUCUGCGGAUGUCCACCCGACGGCGGGGGCCGAGUGCGGUCUCCGGCCAAGGACCCGCGGGUAGCGACGGAGACGUCAGAUGCGUCAAUGACACCGCAAAGCAGACCCUGAGCCCUGCAGAGAACGGAAUGGUCCGGAAAAGUCGGCUAAGAGCACCUAAGGAAAAGGCCCCGCCCCUGGAAGACCUGGCCAGUUCCCCGGAGCCAUCCCCGGUGCCGGAUCCCAGCGAGGAAGCGGGAGAGGACGCAGGUGGCGGUAGGGCCGCUCCCGUGCACCCUCCGGGCCGGAGGAAAGCUGUGAGCGUUCCUCAGAGAAGCCUCAGGUUCCGUCGGGCCACAGCAGAGGAAGACCCGGGGCACCGGAGAGAGCCGGUCGGGUCUGGGAGGGAAGGCGGCGCUUCCCCGCCCUCCAAGAGGGAAGGAGGAACCAAGGAAGGUUCGACGGGAACAAAGAGGCUGCGCUCUGCGACCCCUGCCCAGGACGCGACGGAGGAGAAGCCGCCCCAGAAGAGGAGGAGGGCGGCUCCCCGCGAGGGCUGUGACCCACCUGAACCCCUGACAGCGAAGAAGAGUCUGAGGGUCGUGGCAGAGCGGAUGCAACUCCCGGGAGACCCGCCAAGGAGCAGCAGGGAGGCUACGCCAAGGGCAGGAGAAGCGUCGGGCACGACCCCGAGCCAUCAGGGAAGGUCCCUGCGCUCUAGACGUCCAAAUAAAACCGAGGCAGAAGAGACAAGACUCGAGCCUGUUGUAACAGCGACAGAAAAGCCGAAAACAAAAAGAAGUGACAAGAAGCCCUUGAAGACGUCCCAAGAGACAGCAUUACAAAGCCCAGAAGACGGGGCCAAGCAUGCGGCAUCUGGGAGCAAAGCCCGGGAAAGCAGAAUGUGUCUGAGGUCUGCGAGACCCACUAAGAUGCCCUCGCCGGACGUAGCCCAGGAGAAGCAAAGGGAGAAAAGAGUGGGUGUCCAGGAAAAGAAGCAGGAGGAAGAAGUAAGGCAACCUUCAGACCCCAUGCGUUUGAGAUCUAGAAAAAUCACAGUCCCUCCCGGAGGAAAGACUUUGGAGAGUGAACCCCAGCAGAGGGUAACUCGGAAUGCCAAGAGAUGCGCUGAAAAUCUAAAAAAGGAUGAUGACAAUGUGUGUAUCAAGAAAUUAAGAACCAGAAGUCGUCAGGACAAUGAAGAUAUUUAGCUGAGAAGUUGAGAAGGGAAAAAAAAAACUAAUAAGUGCAGUCUAGUGAUAUAUUCUAGUAUGAUAUUUGGGUAAAUUUGAAAGGGAAUUUUGUAAAUAAUGCUAUUCGGGUGCUUAAGGAAAGAAUUUUCUCUCUCCGAGUGGUCUAUUCAUAAAGGCCACAUGGAGGUCACAAAGAGGACUGCUGGUCUCAUAAAGUGACAAAAAUAUCAAACUUGGCUUGGGGACGGGUGGGGGCGGGGAUUGGGACCCAGAAUAAUGCAGUGAAAUGAAGCCGUGACGUUUGUCACCCCUGUCCGUCCUUAUCGGCCCCACACGCCAGCACUUGCUCGCGCUGCUCUGUAAAUGCUUUCUGUUGGCCCGCGUCCCGCAUCAGAAUGUGAAAGCAGGGGCUUCUGUCCCUAGUCCCCAGCCCUGGGCAGGCACUCAGGAAACGCAAAUGAACAAACUCCUCGGCUAUUUUUUUACCGGGGAGGGGGUGGGGGGGGACACACUGGGUCUACUCACAAGGGCUGUUGGUCCCCUGUAUGGGACAGUCCCAUUCUCAGGGUUCUCGCCAUGGAAGGGAACACGCGUGGGGCCUGGAGGAGGCUGGUGGCCCCAGCUGCAGGGUGUAGGGGUCACUGGUGUCUUACAUUUUCCGCUUCAAGCAUCUCUCUCUGACCUGGGACAGCUCACAUCAGAGAAGGCACCUGGCGCUGAGUCCCAGGGCCGUGGGCCAGGGUACCCCUCGCUCUGAAUGGCCAUAACUCUCCUAGCUUUUCGCAUUUUCCUCUUAUGUUUUCUGAGCUCUCCCGAAUCUGCGCCCACCAGCGCUUUCUCUGACUGUCCCUGCUGGCUGCCUUCCUUCCCAGCACGUCCCCUUGUUCAGGAAAUAACCAAAACCCUCUUCCAAAAGAAGGACCGUGAUUCCCGCGCCGUCCACACAAGCCACGGCCCCUUUGGUCUCAGACCCAGACAGCCACGUGCCGGGCAUCUCCACCUCCACGUUCCACUGUCCUGUUCCUCUCGUGUUCCCUGGAUGAGAAGACAGCACACCGUCCCUCCGGUGCCCUGUCCAACCAGGUCCAAGUGGGGUUGGAGGACCAGGUAGGGGAGCUGUCCCCUACAGCGUCCCCGUCUGUCCACUCUGACACCAUUGUGUCUGGCGUGGAGCCAGGUGCUCGUAAUAAAUGUCUGCUGAAUGAA